AUGACCAACUCCUGCUGCUCCCCUUGCUGCCAGCCUACCUGCUGCAGGACCACCAGCUGCAGGACCACCUGCUGGAGACCAAGCUGCGUGACCAGCUGCUGCCAGCCCAGCUGCCAGUCCAGCUGCUGUGGCUCCAGCUGCUGCCAGCCUUGCUGUCAAACCACCUGCUGCAGGACCUGCUUCCAGCCAAGCUGUGUGAGCAGCUGCUGCCGCACACCCUGCUGCCAGCCCUGCUGCUGUGUGUCCAGCUGUUGUCAGCCCUGCUGCCAGCCCAGCUGUUGCCAGCCCAGCUGCUGCCAACCCAGCUGUUGCCAGCCCAGCUGCUGUGAGUCCAGCUGCUGCCAGCCCAGGUGCUGUAUCUCCAGCUGUUGCCAGCCCUGCUGCCAGCCCUGCUGCAAGCCCUGCUGCAAACCCUGCUGCAAGCCAUUCUGCCUCGACCUGUGCUGCCAGCCAGCUUGCUCUGGACCUGUGACCUGCACCAGGACUUGCUACCAGCCCACAUGUGUCUGUGUGCCUGGCUGCCUGUCCCAAGGCUGUGGGUCCAGCUGCUGCGAGCCCUGCGGUUGCUGA